AUGUCUUCAAAUACCAAUAACAAAACGACGACGUCUCUCGAAGAGAUAGACCAAAACACCGCCUACGUACCCAUCAAAGGUUCUACAGCGCUGGAGGGCGUUGGCACCAAUCCUACUGGAAAGAAAUUCGAUGGUAAGACUGCUCGUGCUGACCAAAAAGGUUCUAGUGCUCUUGAAGGUGUAGGCUCUAAUCCGAUGGCCAUGCAAUCGGAUCAAUCUCGUGGUAACAAACAAAUAAGUUUAUGA